CGGAGCGGCAUCCGGAGCGGCCUCUGGCGCCCUGUCUCGGAUCCGGGGCGGGAUCCGGGGCGGGAUCCGGAGCGGGAUCCGGAGCGGGCCGGGCGCGGGAGCCAUGGCGUCGUCCAGGCCUGCGGGGCCGCUGCUGCUGCUCGUGCUGCUGGCGGGCGCGGCGCGGGCCGGCCUCUACUUCCGCCCGGGCCAGACCUGCUACCGGCCCCUGCGCGGGGACCAGCUGGCGCAGCUGGGGCGCAGGACAUACCCGCGGCCUUACGAGUACCUGUCCCCGUCGGACCUGCCCGAGAGCUGGGACUGGCGCAACGUGAAUGGCGUCAACUAUGCCAGCAUCACCAGGAACCAGCACAUCCCUCGGUACUGCGGCUCCUGCUGGGCCCACGGCAGCACCAGCGCCAUGGCAGAUCGGAUCAACAUCAAGAGGAAGGGUGCAUGGCCCUCCACCCUGCUGUCGGUGCAGCACGUCCUCGACUGCGGACAGGCCGGCUCCUGCGAGGGCGGCAACGACCUGCCGGUGUGGGAGUAUGCCCACCGGCACGGCAUCCCGGACGAGACCUGCAACAACUACCAGGCCAAGGACCAGGAGUGUGACAAGUUUAACCAAUGUGGGACAUGCACUGAAUUCAAAGAGUGCCACGCCAUCGGGAACUACACCCUCUGGAGAGUGGGUGACUAUGGCUCCCUGUCUGGGAGGGAGAAGAUGAUGGCGGAAAUCUAUGCAAACGGCCCCAUCAGCUGCGGUAUAAUGGCAACAGAAAAGAUGGCUAACUACACCGGGGGCAUCUACGCCGAAUACCACGACGACGCCUACAUAAACCACAUCAUCUCCGUGGUCGGGUGGGGUGUCGGUGACGGGACUGAGUACUGGAUUGUCCGGAAUUCAUGGGGUGAACCAUGGGGUGAGAGAGGAUGGAUGAAGAUUGUGACCAGCACCUACAAGGAUGGGAAGGGCGCCAGUUACAACCUCGCUAUUGAGGAGUCCUGUACAUUUGGGGACCCCAUUGUUUAAGGUGAUGUCCCUGGAACAGCAGUGUUUUAAGUAGUAGUAUCAUGAACCAUGACCAGAGGGGCCCAAGGGUUACAGGCACUAGACUGGCUGGCAGAACUGGGUGACUGAAUGUUAACACUGGAUGGCUGGGAUGGCUCUGGACACCUGGAAGGGGCACCUGCCAACAUAAAGACAGGCUGGUACUGGCUGUAAGAGCAUUCCUAAGAGCUGAAAUGGGAUGACUUAACCACAGUCGGCUGCCUGGUGAGGAAGUGACAAGACAGGAAAUCAUGGGCCUCGGUCUUCCUCAGUGGAGGGCCUGGUGUUUGUAUCUGGCAACUCUGGCCACUAACACAGCAUUUAAAAGGAAAAAUAGUUCAGACUCAUCACCAGUUCUUAAGUCUCUCUGGAAAAGUGUGUGUGGGGGGAGGGCUGCCCAUGUGAUGAAUAAAGACUUCACACUGGA